UUUCAAUACCAUUUUUGUGCCUGUAGCAACGUAAACAAACAAUCUGCUAGCAUGUGCACCAGCAAGCUCAAGAACAACGGGAACUGCGUGGAAGUGGAUCAAGAGAGAUCCGUAUCCAAGCCAAAUUUGGAUGAGGCUAAGGCAUCAGGAUCCGGUGCCGUCGCGGAUGCUGGUUGCCCACAAAAGAAGACGUCGAUCAAGCGCAGCAAGAGGAGGCUUAAGCCGGUGCCACAUAUUAACAAUGGCUACUUAAAUUUUAUUAAAAAAUUUAGACUGACACACGGAGAUUUGCAGCCGCUGGAGUUGAUACGGCAAGCGGCCAAGGCCUGGUGCAGGCUGCGCGAAUCGCAGAAGAACAUUUAUCGUCGCAUGGCUUGCCCAAAGUCAAGGAAUUCCCGCCACAAGAAAUGUGGAACAAGCAAGCGCAAAACCAAGAAGCGCAGUUGCAAGCCGGAGAAGGAGGAAGAGAAAAAGCAUGAAGAGUAGAAGGAGGAGCGGUUGGGUUACGAGUGGUACGAGGAGUACGAGAGGUACGACGUGUACGAGCAGUAGAAGAG